ACACACAUGUGCACUGACUGCUACUUUCACAAUUCAUUACUUUCUUCAACAAGAACAAAGCAACUAUUGUGAGAAAAUGCCUUGUGUAGGAUGCGAAAAGGCAUGCAAAUGCACCGCGGACAAGUGCUCCAAGGAGUGCAAAUGCGACACGCCUGGAAAAUGCGGCUGCAACUCUCCGAAAGCAGAGGCCACGUCGAGCAGUUGCUGCUGCAAAAAUGUGAAGGGCGCUGGCGAGGGCAAUGAGCCGAAAGACUGCUGCAAGACUACCAAGAACUGAGCCAAGAAAGAUGAAUGAAUAAUUACAAAAAAACCAACUUGAUG